CCUCCCAAACAAACCGCCAGAAUUACUUUGGAUUCUUUUCAAGAUAGCUAAACAACAACUGGGGCAAUAAAUCAAACAGUUAAGCUGCAUUUCAGAUCUACAGGGAAAAAAAGUGGAGUUUUGAAGCUAAGGAAAAAUGGCAGGAAAAGGAGGGAAAGGGCUAGUAGCGGGGAAGACAACAGCUGCAGCAGCUGCUAACAAAGACAAAGACAAGAAAAAGCAGCCUAUCUCUCGUUCUUCUCGCGCUGGCCUCCAGUUUCCAGUGGGAAGAAUUCAUCGUCAGCUCAAGACCAGAACCUCAGCCCAUGGAAGAGUUGGAGCUACAGCAGCUGUUUAUUCUGCUGCAAUUCUGGAGUACCUGACUGCAGAGGUUCUUGAAUUAGCUGGUAAUGCAAGCAAGGAUCUUAAAGUGAAGAGAAUCACCCCCAGACACUUGCAACUGGCUAUUCGUGGAGACGAGGAACUUGACACCCUUAUCAAAGGGACCAUUGCUGGUGGUGGUGUCAUCCCUCACAUUCACAAAUCCCUCAUAAACAAAACCACCAAGGAGUGAACUUCUCCUGCUUUAGCUUGUGUCGAGACUAAUGACAUUGCAUGUUUGUUAAUGUUUUUCCUGUUGUAUGCGGGUUGAUAUAGUACUUGUUCAUGUUUGAUUACAAGAAUUUAUCUGAUGUUAUGGACAUAUUAGUUGGAUACUGUUAUUUUGUAGGUCUUAGUUGGUAAGUGGCUUGUUGAUGUAUGCAUGUUAUUGUUUAUUGUGGUACUUCUAGCUUGUUUGGCCAAGCUUCUCCAA